CCAAAACAAAAACAUAGACACCUUCUCUUUCCUUCUUAGUAUUCUUCUCCCUCUCUCUCUCUCUCUCUCUAGCCCAUUUCCAUCUCUAUAGUAGACUUUACCAGAAGAAAAGACAGUAGAUGAAGAACAAAGAAGAAGAUGGAACAGAGCAGAAGCAAAAUUCUAAGGCAAAACGGAGGGAGAGAAUCCGUAGGCAAUUUCAUUAAAAAGGAAAGCAAAUAUUCUUCUUGUGAAAUGACAAUCAUGCCCUUCUCAUCUUUUGGAAUGAACAGAUACCGCUUGUCCCUUCACUUCUUAACGGCUCUUCUCUUAUUAUUGAUCUUCCUCCUUUUCCCGCCAUCCAAUGCUCUAACGGUCGAAAUACAAUCCCUUCUCCAAUUCAAAAACCAACUGAAAGACCCAUCAAAUUCUCUGGCCAACUGGAAAGAGUCUGACUCUCCCUGCAAUUUCACUGGGGUUUAUUGCGAUCCCCUGUCCGGCCGAGUCACCGGUAUCUCCCUCGAGAACAUAUCUCUUUCCGGCGAAAUAUCUCCGGCCAUCUCAGGCCUCCAAAGUCUGAAUUCCCUUUUCCUACCCUCGAAUUCGAUUUCCGGUGAACUUCCUUUUCAGUUGAUUAACUGCAGCAGUCUUCGAGUUCUCAAUCUCACAGGAAAUGAUAUGAACGGUACCCUACCAGAUCUUUCACCAUUGAGAAGCUUGGAGAUUCUUGAUCUGUCUUUUAACUAUUUUUCUGGUCGAUUCCCAAACUGGGUUGGGAAAUUGACCAACUUGGAUUCUCUGGGCCUUGGUCAGAAUGGAUUCGAUGAGGGUGAAAUUCCUGAAAGUUUGGGAAAUUUAAAGAACUUGACAUGGCUUUAUUUGGCUGGGGCUAAUUUGAGAGGGCAGAUUCCACAAUCCAUUUUUAGACUUAAAGCCCUUGAAACAUUAGAUUUUUCUUCCAACAGUAUCUCAGGUGAGAUCCCAAAAGCCAUUUCAAAUCUGCAGCUUCUCAACAAGAUAGAGCUCUUUUCGAACAAUUUCACUGGAGAUAUCCCACCUGAGCUUUCAAAGCUUACACUUCUGCGUGAAUUUGACAUUUCUAAGAAUCAGAUGUCUGGAGAAGUUCCUGCCGAGAUUGGUAAUCUGAAGAAUUUGGUGGUCUUCCAAUUGUAUGAAAAUUAUUUCACAGGAGAGCUCCCUGCUGGGAUUGGGGAUUUGCAGCAUCUGGAGUCCUUUUCUAUCUACAGAAACAACUUUUCCGGAGUAUUUCCAGUAAACUUCGGCCGGUUCUCUCCACUGAAAAGCAUAGACAUAUCUGAGAACAAGUUUUCUGGUCAGUUUCCCAGAUUCUUAUGUGAAAGCAAGAUGUUGCAGUUCUUACUUGCUUUGGAUAACAACUUCUCUGGCGAUUUCCCAGAAUCUUAUGCUGAAUGUAAGACACUGGAGAGGUUCAGGGUAAGUAAGAACCGCUUGUCUGGGAUGAUUGCUAAUGGGAUAUGGGGACUACCUUCUGCAAAAAUCAUAGAUUUUGGAGAUAAUAACUUUACGGGGGGAUUAUCUUUGGACAUUGGGAUUUCUGCAAGCUUGAAUCAGCUGCUCUUACAGAACAACAACUUCUCAGGAGAGCUUCCAUUACAACUUGGCAAUCUUUCCCAGUUGGAGAAACUGUCUGCAAGUUAUAAUAGUUUCUCUGGUGAGAUACCUUCUCAAAUUGGAGACCUGAAGCAAUUAUCAUCCUUGCAUUUGGAAGAGAACUCAUUAUCAGGACCAAUUCCAUCAGAAUUGGGUCAAUGUGCUGGAUUAGUAGACUUGAAUCUUGCUGGAAAUACUCUGAGUGGUAAUAUCCCUGAAACAUUUGCUACGUUGAACUCUUUGAAUUCGCUGAAUCUGUCACAAAACAAGCUUUCAGGUUUGAUUCCACAUGAUCUAGAGAAACUGAAGUUGAGUUCCAUUGAUUUUUCCAAAAAUCAAUUGUCAGGAAGAGUUCCUUUUGAUCUUUUUGUGAUGGGUGGCGACCAGUCAUUUUUGGAGAACUACAAUCUCUGUAUUGAUCAAAAGUUGAGAGACGAGGCGAGAUCUUUAAUCAGUGUUUGUAGUGUAAAGAAAAGCACAAACAAAAUUACUGAAAAGAAAUUAGCUUUGUUCUGCAUAAUUGUGUCAGCCCUGGUUGUUAUUUUUGCUGGCGUUUUGUUUGUGAGCCACAGGAAGCAUGAGUCUUAUUUGAAAAAUCUUGAAAAGGGGCAGGAGAAAGAUCCAAACUGGAAACUUGAGUCUUUCCACCCAACACAAUUAAAUGCAGAUGAAAUAUGCAGUUUGGAGGAGGAGAAUUUGAUAGGAAGUGGAAGCACAGGAAGAGUUUAUCGAUUGGAUUUGAAGAAUGGAGGGACUUUUGCUGUAAAGCAACUGUGGAAGGGAAAACAUGUGAAGGCGCUAAAAGCAGAAAUGGAGAUUUUGGGUAAGAUCAGACAUAAAAAUAUACUGAAGCUAUAUGCCUGCUUGAUGCGAGGGGGAUCAAGCUUUUUGGUGUAUGAGUACAUGGAGAAUGGUAACCUGUUUCAAGCUCUUCACAGGCAAAUUAAGGGUGGCAAGCCAGAAUUAAACUGGGAUCGACGGUAUAAAAUUGCUCUGGGAGCUGCAAAGGCUAUUGCUUAUCUUCACCAUGAUUGUGCACCACCCAUUAUCCAUAGAGACAUUAAAUCAACCAACAUUUUACUUGCUGAGGACUAUGAACCAAAAAUUGCUGAUUUUGGGAUUGCAAAGGUUGUUGAAGAGUCUGGGAUUGAUUCAAGCUGUUUUGCUGGCACUCAUGGUUAUAUCGCUCCUGAACUUGCAUAUUCUCUCAAGGUGACUGAAAAGAGUGAUGUAUAUAGUUUUGGUGUUGUACUGCUAGAAUUAGUGACUGGUAGAAGUCCAUUUGAAGCUGAAUAUGGAGAAUGGAAAGAUAUCGUUUAUUGGGUAUCAUGUCAUCUCAAUGACCGGGAAGACAUCCAUGAAGUUUUUGACCGAAGGGUAUCAGAUUCUGCUAAAGCUGAAAUGAUCAAGGUUUUGAGGAUUGCUAUCCUUUGUACUACUAAGCUUCCCUCACUGCGUCCAACUAUGAGAGAUGUGGUUAAGAUGCUUAUUGAUGCUGAUCCCUGUUCUAUUAGUCCUGGAUAUAAGGCUCCUGAACAGUAUUGAAGGACUGCUUUGUAGGUUUUCCAGGCUUAUUUUAUUUUGUUGUUGGUUGAAAUGCGGAUGCCGAGUGUCUUGAUGCAUCCAUAAUUCAAUUCACUCAAGCAUUUUUCAUCUAGUGAUGUAAACUUAAAGAGGUAGAUUCUAGGUGAUCGACAGAUAAAAUUAGUGGUAAAAUUAGUAUAAUUUUUUUUCCUUUCAUGGACAUAGUGGAGUUAAUGAUAUCUUCUGUAAUUGGAGUGAGCAUGGAUUUCUUGUGUAGUUACAUGUUUCAAAUCCUAAUACAAAGGACUCUUAUCUAUGAA